CCCAAGCCAUUUUCCUCAGGCCAUCGUAACGGCGCCUGAGGCUUGAUGGGAGGAACCACGAUGUUCCCGCCCACCACCUCUUAGUGGCCACAGGAAACCUGCCCGCCCACCCACUGCACACCCAUUGGCUGGAGAGUGGUCGAGACACGCCCCGACAAGCGCCUGCUCAGAGGGAGGAGCCAGAGGGGCACCUGCUGGCUCCUUGGGUGGCUGCGGCGUCCCUGUCUUUCCCGAGGGGGGUUCACUAACGGCUGGGUCCCAUCCCACAGAGGCUGAGGAGGAGAAGCAGGAGGCGAGUCCCUGAAGAGACGCUGUGCCCUGAGAGCUUCCCUUACUGAGGAGGCCUCGUGCUUCAUCUGUCACAAGUGGUGCUCAGGCCAGUGGUGACAACGAGGACGAUGCUCAGGCUUCUGAGAUUUGCUUUGGCCCUCUUCCGGAGAAGGGCAGACCCCGCAGAGCGGCAGGGUCCACAGCAGCAGGGUCUCCCACAAGGUGAGCCCCAGUUGAAAACUGUGCAGGGAGUUGUCACAAGUUUCUGUGGUGAUUAUGGUGUGAUUGAUGAGUCGAUCUACUUCAGUUGUGAUGUUGUGACUGGCAAUGAGCCUCUAAAAGUUGGACAGAGAGUUACUGCGGUUGUGGAAGAAGAUAAAACACUUUAUGGACUGAGAGCAAUCAAGGUGGACAUUGUGCCUUACGAUGCUGGACCCUUAGACGCAGGAACCAAACUUUUAGUUGGAUGUGUCACUUCUAUAAGUGAGGAUACUGUUUAUAUUAGUGACGACAUUUAUUUCUCCCUAGACAUUAUUUCUGAAGAUUUUGUGCCUUAUGAGGGCGACUGGUUAGACGUGCAAUAUUCCAGUGAGCCAGGCAUCUCAAACAUCAAGGCAAUCUCUGCGAAGCCCACCCGUUGGGCUUGCGCGGAAGAGGUCUGCAUUACUAGCAUCCGUGGAAGAAACGGAGUGAUAGAUAAUAAUAUCUUUUUCACCUUGGAUUCUGUGAAACUUCCUCAUGGAUACCAGCCUCAACUAUUUGAUACCGUCAGCGUGGUCAUGGUGGAGAGCACUCACUUCUGCUAUGUCUGGAGAGCGGUUUCCAUCAUCCCAGCGCAAAAAUCGUAAUGACAAGCAUUUUUAUUCUCUGUUUAUGUUUCCUCCUAUGAGCAGUAAAGGUGCUGGUUUAACUGAAAAGUUUAGCUUAGUAAGCCUAAACAGGAUUUUACGUAUGACUUUUCUGGCAAAUCUAGUGGAGAUACUGGCUAGUUCAAUGGGACCACGAACCCAGCUUAGGGAAGUGCCUUAUCAAUUAAGAAGCAUGCUAAAUUAGCUUGCUAGUCACUGGAGGAAAGGAGUUCUUAAUUAACAUGAACGCUGUCUCUAAAUUUGAAUUCCGUGUUUUCUAGUACCAGCCCCGGAUCCCAGGAUGACGGAGGCCUGGGAUGGCCUGAAAGGAAGUGUCACAGUCAAAGCAUUUAACUGACAAGGCAGCAGGGACAGCAUGUUAAAGGCAUGAUUUGAAGUUACAAUUUGACUUCACUUUUGAGUCACCCCUAUGCUGUCUGUUUAAUCUGUAUUGUGCCGUAGCCUCUUUCAUCUUCUGUCACCUACAUAAUUUGCGACGUUAAUUGUUCCCUAUGUUCCUUCUUCCCCUUGCUAGAAUGUAAACUCCACAAUGGCAGGAUGCCUUUUGGUCUGCUUUUUUCUGUUUUGUUUUUGUUGUCUUUAUUUAUUUAUUUAUUUAUUUGUUCGUUUAUAGCAUCACAAAGCACUUAGAAGAGUGCUUGGCAGGCUCAAGGUGCAGAUAAAGUGUUAUUAAGUUCAGUGACUGAAUGAUUGGACCGACAACGAUGUUUAGCUGUGGUUCAUUCAUCACUGGUUCUUUAGGAAUAAAACUGUUGAGCAACGCA